GCAUUCAGAACCCCUGCAGGAUGGACUCCAUCCCUCCCCUCCUCUCACCCCCCCUCCCAGUACUUUCUCCUGCGACCCCCCCCCCCCCCUCCUCCCCUCCGACAUCCACUGCACAGAGUGGAUCCAGAUCCUGCAGCGCCCGCCCGCACAGAACCAAAAGAUCCGAACAAGAGGCAAUGGAAAUGCCGGUCAUGUGACAGAGGAGAGAGGAGAGCAAAGUGCACGGCAGCGAAGGCAGCCUCAGCAGGCGGCGCCGGGUCGGGAGACGGCCAAAAAGUUCUCCUCCAGCAGAGUUGAAGUCGAUCCUGAGCUCGGGCGCGAGACGAGCGCAGACGCCAGAAAAGGGCAGCGAGAAGUAACUGGAAUGAGAAGAUGACAAGGGGACGCGCGCUCCUGAAGACCCCCCCCGGCGGGGCCCUGCUGGCGCUGCUGCUGCCGCCGCUGCUGGCGCCGCGCCUCCUGGCCGUGUGCCCCUCCCCCUGCUCCUGCGCGCCCAGCCACCGGGAGGCCGACUGCUCCCGCCGGGGCCUGCGCCUGCUGCCCGGCGGCCUGCAGCGCGACGUGCGCGCGCUCAACCUGUCCCACAACCGCCUCCAGAGCCUGGACGCGCAGCUCUCGGCCUACACGCACCUGCGCGUGCUGGACCUGUCCCACAACCGGCUGGGCCGCCUGCCCGCCGGCCUGCCCCGCUCGCUGUGGCAGCUGCACGUGGCCGCCAACCGCCUGCAGGUGCUGGACAAGGAGGACACGGUGCACCAGUGGAACCUGCGCGCGCUGGACCUCUCCGGGAACCGGCUGCGGCGGGCCGUCUUCAUCAACAACACGCUCAGCAGCCUGUGCACGCUCAACCUGAGCCGCAACAGCUUCUGGACCCUGCCCACCAACCUGCCCGCCCACCUGCAGGCCGUGGACCUGUCCCACAACCUGCUGGUGAAGGUUCUGCCGGGCUCCUUGGACCGGCUUCCCAGACUCUCCUACCUGUAUUUACAGGCCAACCGCUUGUCCUCGGUGCCGCCCGCGGCGCUGGACAAGCUGCCGUCGCUUCGCCUCAUCAACCUGGCUGACAACCCUUGGGCCUGUGACCUCCAGGCCAACGUCUCCUACCUGCUGGGGUGGAGCCAGCAGACCCCUGCCCGCGUCCUGGGCUGCCCCUGCCACACGCAGCCCGUCUGCGGGGGCACGCGGCCCGCCAGAACCGGAGGGUGGCACUUUGCCUCCUACAACAUGCCCCCUCUGGCCGCCAGCGCCCAGGACCGGAGCUCGGCUCCCCCGGGGGCUGCGGUGACCCCGCAGGAGGCCGCGAGCACGCCCAGGAGCACGGGGUCCCACUCGGCCCCGUCCGAUCACGUGGCCCGGCCCGAUUCCUCGCUCCAGGCCGUCCAUUCCGGAACCACGGAUGUGGCGCUAGCCACAGACGGGUUCUUCACCACAGAGAGCCCCUCCACCCGAACCAAGAAGACCACCACUUUACGCACCCGGAGCGUGAGGAGGAAGACCCCGCCCCACCCCAGCGGCGUCAGCAACAGCUGCCCGGCCGCCGGCCCCCGCCCCUGCCUGGCCCACCUGCAGGUCCUGGGACUCCUGCCCCUCGCCCUGCAACGCGUCCUCUGAAGGGAGACGCUCGCACGCGACUGUCGCCUGUUACGAUUGUAGAUUAAAAUUUAAAAUAGACACUUCACCGCAGAAAUGACGUUUCCUAACUCCUGCUACUCUGCGUAUGGAGCGAUGCCGCUUCUGUUAAAAAAAGAAACACUCAGCUUUUCUAAUAACAUUUUUACAGAGCUCCCUUGAACGCCACACGCUUAACCACCCGGCUGUAAUGAGUGGAGUGAAGCACAUGAUGGCACUAUACGUUCAGGCACCAGGGUCAUCGUUCAGUGCGGGGCUAUUGCAGCUACAGGCCACGUGACAUUAACCUGCAUCUGUUUUGUGUUGCAUUUUCCUGAAUUUGAACUUCAUUGCAGACGUUUGACAUUUAAACCUCUAAUUCGCUCUUGCGGUUUGUUUUGCCUGCUUCUCUACAUGUUUGCAUGCUCCGGUAUCAAACUUUCCUCCUCUGGGCUCAUAACAAUGACGAGUUCUGAUACGCUUCUGAGCUUGAACAACAUGUUUGUGGAGCAAAGGGCAGCAUCGCGUCGCUAUCUUUAAACCCCGAGCGCUCGAGCUCCGCUCCUGUAUUUCGAUCACAUCGCAGACUUAAGUGUCCUUCAUGAUUCAGUGACGCUCAUGAAAAUGAUUUGCAUGGUGCCUGGGUGUUCCAGGAAUGCUAACUUACUGCUAUACCGUUGCAGAGUAUUAAAGCGCAGACAUUUUCAGCUUGUUUAUGUGAAACGUUAAGAUAUUCAAAUCCUGUUUGCAUUAAGCAGAAAAAGCAGCAACUGUAGCAGCCUACAGAUUUUACAAGGCAUUCAGAUAAGGUGCCAAAAUAGCAGGAGAUGAUGCAUCAACGCAAGCUGCAUUUGAUGAACUAAGGAUGAAAAGCAGAGUGGGUUCACUUUUGAAUGCUCCUGCAAGAUGUGCUGAGUUAUUUACACCUUGUGAUAAUUGCUUGAUUUUUGCCACGCCCGCUUCUCUUUGCUCCGUUCUGCGUUCGCUGCUGACUGGUGGUUUUACUGUUUUCAGCGACUCGGCCUCAGGAGAGCGGCCAGACACGCUGCAAUUAUAUUUUUAGUAUUCAACAACUUCAUCUCCCACGAGUCUUGGACACAGGUGUCAACUCUUGCAGUUGCUUGACAAUAGUAAUUAAAAACUCAAGGUGGGAAAGGUUAAAGUGAUCAGAGUUUAUGAACAGGCGUAUUUACUACAGACACUGAAUGAAGAUUCACACUAAGAGCGCACACAUAUUCCACCUGAAUUUGCGCAGACCUUGCCUCAGUUAAUCAACCUUGAAUCUGCCCAGAGCAAACACAGUCUUAUCUAUCGGUGAUUGAGUAAUCACUCUAAAAUAUGGCGGCCGAACACAUUACCUCGCUGGCUUUUAAAGAAGUAUUAGUGCAAAAAAAAAAAAAAAAAAAAAGAGAGAACCC